GCCAAACCCAUUGAACAACCGCCAAAGAUGGGAGGGCGGGUGAUGAUUACAAAGUCUUUAUAAUGUUUUCUCUUGCUCGGUCCUCCCUGCGCUGUGCGCAUCGGACCGGGCUGUCACGGCCAAGAUUGGUGUCUGGGGUCGUGGUUCAGAAUAGAACUCAGCCACGGUGUUAUAGUGUAUCCCGAGAUCCCUUCAAGUUGGAGGUCUCGGAGGAACCCGCCAGAACUGAUCCCACCAACUUAUCGUCAUCUGUAAAAGAUGCUAGGGCCAACCAGACUGGCCAGGCCACCACUCAAGUAGACUCUGUGAAUCCUUCCCGGACCGUGGAAUUCAAAACUACCAACAAGAUAAAAACCAUAACCGACCUGCCCAUUUCAAACCUGCUCGACGUGUAUCCUUCAGAGAGUGACCCCUCCCGUAUGAGAGUGCGUGGGAUCGAUAUAGAUGAUUCCCUAACCGCAAAAGGCCGCAUCGUCGGUGUCCGCCGCCACGGUCCCAAGCUGUUCUUCCUAGACAUCGUCGGCGACUACGAGAAGCUGCAGGUCAUGGUCAACUUCAAGACCCUGCAAGAAAAAUCCCCAGCCGACUGGGCCGGUGACACGGCCGACUGCUUUAGAGAAAAGGCCGAAAGGCUGCAGCGUGGGGACUGGGUUGUCCUCGCCGGCCACAUGGAGACGUCCAAGCGCGGCGGCCUGCGCAUGUGUGCACACACCUUUCCCUCAAUCCAUGCCAAGCCCGCCGCCGUGCCGCCCGAGUCCGUAAUCGACGAUGAGCUCAAGGGCCGCGUCCGCCACCUGGAUCUGAUGCUCAAUAAGCAGAGCGUCGACGCGCUGCGCGCCCGCGCCCGUAUCAUCCAGACCGUCCGCCGUGCCCUAGACGACCGCGGCUACGUCGAGGUGCAGACGCCGCUGCUGGCGGGUUCGGCCGGCGGAGCGGCUGCCCGCCCCUUUGCCACGACGGCCACAGAGUUUGGUCCCUCGCAGCAUCUGGCCCUCCGCGUCGCCCCGGAGCUCUGGCUCAAGAGGCUCAUCAUGGGCGGCAUGGACCGCGUCUACGAGAUUGGGCCUUGCUUCCGCAACGAGAGUGUCGACGGCACUCACAAUCCCGAGUUCACCAUGUGCGAGUUCUACGAGGCCUGGGCAAACCUAGACCACCUCAUGGUCAUGACGGAGAGGCUGAUGAAGCUCAUCAUCUCUAGCCUCGACGCCGCGACCACAGAGGCACAGGCCGUAGGCCGUCGCGCCUGGAAGCUGCCCGACGCCAACCUCAUCGCUACCAAGUUCUGGGAGCAAGGCACCACGCCCAAGGUGAACUUCAUCAGCACGCUCGAGGAAGGCCUGGGCUUUAAACUUCCUAACCUGGAAUCCGACACCGCGUUGGCAGAACUGAUGACGAAACUGCAUGAGCGGGACGAGGAUGCCGACGUCCUCGCCGCCGACGACUCGGAGCAGGGCGAAUCCACCGCCACAGCACCCGUGACACUGCCCAAGCUCCUCGACCGCCUGGGCUCAAAGUACGUCGAGAACGGCGCGGCUGCCGCCACCGGCAGAGCGUUCUUCGUCACGCACCACCCGGCCUGCAUGGCGCCGCUGGCACGCAGCGGUAUAUGCCCCAAGACUGGACAAAAGGUUGCGCUCAGGGCCGAGUUCUUUGUCGACGGCGUCGAGCUGGCCAACAUGUACGAGGAGGAGUUUGAAGCCGACGAGCAGGAGCGCAAGUUCCGGGCGGCGGCGCGGUCGAGGACUGCUGUCGAGGCCGAGCUCGACGACAACGAGGCUAGCUACGUCGAGGCCAUGCGGGCCGGCAUGCCGCCCACGGGAGGUUGGGGCUGUGGUGUCGACAGGCUCGCCAUGCUCUUCACCGGCGCGCCGAGGAUACGGGACGUCCUCACCUUUGGAAACCUGAGGAACGUACUACAUGCGACGCGGUCGCCGGCGCGGCUCAAGGUGGACGUCGGAGCUGCCAUGGAGGAGCUUGUCCGUUAA